ACCCCUAAAUUCUUCUUCUUUGAAACCCCUAAAUCCUUUGGUAAAAAGCUAGCUCCCCUUUAACCCCUAAAUCCUUCUUCUUCGAAACCCGUAACCUCUAGUAAGAGCAUUCUGUGGUAAGACUUGACUCACCUUUAACCCCUAAAUCCUUCUCCUUUGAAAGCCCUAAAUCCCUUUUCUUCGAAACCCCUAAAUCCUCUAGUAAGAGCUGACAACCAUGCUGGCAUUUGCUUCCAUAUUUUUGAUUGCUCAGUUUCCAGAACGAGAAAGCAAUCGGUCAUGAUGCUUGCACAUCAAACUUGAUUCCUUUUCCUAAAUCCCCUAAAUCCUCUACAACUCUCGAUUUUUCUUCUACCAACCUUUGAUUCCUUCUUUGACCCCUAAAUCCUCUACAACUCUUGAUUCCUUCUCCUUCUUCGAACCCUAAAUCUUGAUGCAAGAAAAAGAUGAGCUUGUGUUGGAAAAUGGAAGAUUGAUGGAGGAAAAUGGAAAAUUGUUGCAAGAAAAUGUGCAAUUGAAGGGAGAGAAAUGAAUCAGCAUGUGAGUGCUUUGUUAAUUGGGUUGGUUGGCGCCGGCAUCACUUUGUCAGCUUCCUUGCAGCCUUUCGUCUCUCCGACUCAAUGUGUUACCAUUGGCCUUCUCGUCAUCAUCUUUGGUUUGCUUGUAAAAGAAGGCUUCAUAUCUCUUUCCCUGCUAGUUUAUUCAAAAGAUGGGAGAAGCAGAAAUCUGAGGUGGAAUGGAAAUGGUGCCACAUCAUCAAUUGAAUGUGGUGUUUUUCUACACGACUCACCGCUGAGUACCAAUUCCAGUUCCUCCUCGUCCCCGUCGGUUGCAUCCACACUCCGAUCAUGGAUAGCGCUGAACAUGAAAGAAUCCAACUUGAGUAGGGGGAACUUGGACCAACUCCUGGUGGCCGCUGAAGAAGGUGGGGAAAAGAUGAUCAAGGUAAAGAAAGACGGCAGUGCAGACUUUAAGACGGUGACCGACGCCGUCAAUAGUAUUCCAUCCGGGAACGCGAGAAGAGUCGUCAUCUGGAUUGGUGGUGGUGAGUUCUGGGAGAAAAUCACCAUUGAUAGAACCAAGAAGUUCGUGACGUUCUACGGAGACCCAUAUAACAUGCCAAGAAUCGUGUAUAACGGGACGGCGGCGGAUUACGGCACCGUGAAUAGCGCCACCGUGGCAGUGGAGAGUGAUUAUUUCGUGGCCGUAAAUGUUGCCUUUGUGAAUUCGGCUCCGAUACCAGACGGUAGGAGAUGUGGUGCGCAAGCAGUGGCGAUGAGAAUCUCUGGUGACAAAGCGGCGUUUUAUAACUGCAGGUUCAUCGGGUAUCAGGAUACUCUGUGCGAUGACAAGGGCAGGCAUUUCUUCCAGGACUGCUACAUUCAGGGGACGGUCGAUUUCAUCUUCGGAAACGGAAAAUCCCUUUAUCUGAACACGACGAUGUAUUCAGUUGCAAAGAAAUUCGGGGCGAUCACGGCGCAGGCGAGGGAAAAAGUAAACGAUGACAGUGGAUUUACCUUCGUUUUCUGCAACAUCACCGGCAUUGGAAACAACACCACCUACCUCGGUAGGGCGUGGAAGGAAAGACCCAGGGUGGUUUUCGCUCGCACCUACAUGGGCACCAUCAUCAACGGCGAAGGGUGGUCCAAUGACAGACACCCUGAUCGUGAUCGGACUGUGUAUUAUGGAGAGUACAAGUGCAGCGGUCCAGGCUCUGUUUCCUCUGCUCGGGUCAAGUUUGCGAGAAUUCUGAGCGAUGAAGAAGCUAAGCUUUUCAUGAGCAUGACUUACAUCCAUGGAAGCAACUGGCUUCUUCCACCUCCCAAAUUCUGAUUCCUUGGCCGAAGACAAAGGUGACCAGCGUGAUGAAUGUAAUUAGAUGUAUAAUCUCAUUGCUUGUAAGAAAAUCUAAACAGUAAAAAUCUCACAAUUUGUAUCAUUCUUUACCUUGAGAAUCUAAUUCUCAAGGUCAUUUUUGAUUUGUGUGUUUUCAGUUUGCUGUGAAACAGGGUCUUCUGUUUCUGCUUGAAAAUGAGAGUAGAAGUCUGAUAAUACGUGCAAUUUUAUUGAAAUAAUUGUGACUAAUACACAAGAUAAAUGGAUGACUUCAUG